UACGAUAAGAUACGAGUAGAAGACACACUCAAUCCAGUGGCGCACCAAUCCGAGGCUAUAAAAUCAGAGCAGCAUGUUGGUGAGGAGUUAUUUCUCAAAGCCUAGUUGGGUAGAACGCACAAACCUUAAAAUCAAGCAUGCAGCGAAAUACACUGAUUUACCUGAGCAUUUCUCUGUUUAUUUGUCUUCUGAACGGAGCUCGUGCCAACGAUGAGAUGCCAGCCACCGAUGUAAAGCGCUGUUCCGGCAAUAAGCCAUUUCCACUUGAGGUCAGAGUGCAGGGAUGCGUGACGCCCCCAUGUAAUAUCAUCAAGGACUCUACGGUCAAAUUUGAAAUAGACUUUGCAGUUGACAAAUACAUCACGCAACUCACUACCUUGGUAAAGGCCACAACGCUGGGCAUCAUUACAGUGCCCUAUGAGCUCCCUGAAGAUGUGGCCGCCGUGUGUCCCAACCUUAUGUAUGGCGCAUACUGCCCGCUUUAUCCAACCGAGGAUGUUACGUAUCUGUUCAAUUUUUACGUUGGUGAAUACCCUGAGAUCGGCGUUAAAAUUGAAAUCUAUUUAGUGGAUCAGGAUCGCGAUAUAGCCACUUGUUUUGUCUGCGACAUUAAAGUGAAAAAAGGCUCAAAGCAGGAGGUCUAUCAAUUGGAUUUUACCAAUUAAAUAAAGUUUAA